CUCCCCUCCACUCCGACCAAGAUAUCCGCAGAGCCCAGGCCCAGGCCCGGCCCAAAGCCCACCACGAGCGCGAGGAUGGCCGCCGCGGAGCCGCCGCCGCCCACCGGCGGGAUGGGCUUCCUGGGGCUGCUCAGCUUCCGCCGCGGCGCCACCGCCGUCGCCUCCUUCGACCCGGCGCAGGACGACGAGCUGCUCGUCCUCGACGCGCUCCAGGCCCACGUCGCCGACCGCCUCGCCGCGCUCUCCGCCCACUCCUCCUCCGCGGCCCAGAGCCAGCAGGGGCCGCUGCUCUCGCUGGCGUUCCUCUCCAAGCUGCUCGACGCCGUGGUCUCCUCGGACGCCGCGUUCCGGGACGCCCUCGCCGUGGGCCCCGUGGGCGCCGCGCUCUCCAGGGCCCCCGCCGACCGCCUCGCCGCCGACCUGCUCGACCGCUCCGUCAAGGCGCUCGACGCGCUCAACGCCGUCUCCCUCGCGCUCGCCUCGCUCCGGGGCUCCCACCGCGCCGCGCUCACCGCCGCCUCCUGCCUCCUCGCCGCCGGCGCGCCGCUGCUGCACCGCGCGCAGUUCGCGCGCGCGCGCCGGGCCAUCUCCAGGCUCUUCCAGGACGCCAGGGCCGCGCCGACGACGCCCUGCAGCUCGCGCGCCGCCCGCGCGCUCUCCUUCAGCGUCUCGUCCAAGAACUGGUCCACGGGGCGCCACGUGCACGCCAUGGCGGCGCACCUCGCGCCGCCGCCGCAGGCCGCCGCCGCCCCCGGCGCCGGGGGCGGCCUCGGGCUGGCGCUCUACACCAUGAGCUCCGUCCUCGUGUUCGCCAUGUGGGCGCUCGUCGCCGCCGUGCCCUGCCAGGACAGGGCCUCCGCGGCCGCCCCCGUCGCGCCGGCCAAGCAGGCGCAGUGGGCGGCGCCCAUGACGGCCAUCCAGGAGCGGAUCGUGGAGGAGUCGAGGCGGAGGGACAAGAAGGGGUCGUCCUCCGGGGCGUCCUCGCCGGCGUCCGCGGGGCUCCUCGCCGAGAUGCAGGCCGUGGAGCGCGCCGCGCGGGAGCUCAACAGCCUGCUCGAGGAGAUCGCCGAGGAGGAGGACGAGGCCGCGGAGGUGGAGGCCCCGGCGUCCAUCAGCGAGGAGCGCGCCGGAGACGUCGUGGAGCGCGCAGAGGCGCUGGCCGGCGCGUGCCGGGCGCUGGAGGACGGCCUCGCGCCGCUGGAGCGGCAGGUGCGCGCCGUGUUCCACCGCGUCGUGGCCAGCCGCGCCGAGGUCGUGCGGUGCAUGGAGCACAGCGCGCGCAGCACCGCCGGGUCCGCCUCCGGCCCGCCGGCGCAGCAGCCCCAUUCCUUCUGAGCAGAGGACGGCGCUGCAUUAGGACUGCCUUGUUGGGCUAAAAGAAUCAACUUUUCUCUGCUCAACUGUACCAUUCUUUGAUUUGGAUCACUCCACCGCCUGUGAUCUUCUUUUGUGUAUGUAGAUGUAUGGUUUGGCUGUAAAAACUAACUUUUUUGGAUUGAUUAGUGCUCUUCGUUCUUGAUGCUCAACAGCAGAGAGAAGAGAAUGUGUUAUCUGUUGAAACUUGAAAGAGG